GAUUGAUAAUCUCAGAACUUCCAUCAUGAAUUACCACUUCAUCAUAAAUAUGCGCGCUACAUAUAUUACGCUUAUAAUCAUAACUUUUUUCUCUCUAUAUAUAUACAUGUUAUGUUCCAUUACAUUGACACAACAAUCUUGUUGCAUAUUUCAUAUACUUUUUGUUGCUUUCUUAUUACUUACGUCCUUAUUCUCUCUAGAUUUCCUAGCUCCUUAGGUUGUUUUUUCUGGUCUCAUUCUUGGUGUGGUUUCAGAUUUUACCUCUUGUGAGGAGCUUCUCCUCUAUCUCUCUCUGUUUGGAAUUCUGGGAUUUUCUCUUCGUGAGAGCUACAUUUCUUUUCUUUGAGGCCUCCUCAAUGCUGAUUCUUAGCGUAAAUUGAUCUUCAUUCUCAUUUACAAGUAUACUUAAUCACAACAUAGAAUCUAAGAUACCCCACAAAAGCCAUUUUCCCUUUUCAGCCAACUUGGUUCCUUCAGAUUCUAGGAGACAAAUGUUUCGGUGGCUAUUCAAACCCAGGUUCUAUUCAAAAUGCUUGUCCUACGUGAAGUUUUUGAAGUCUCGGCUAGAGAUUAUACAGAAGAAGAAGAAAGCAGUGCAGAAGUUUCUGAAGAGUGACCUUGCCGUGCUUCUUAGGAGUGGCUAUGAUUUCGAGGCAUACAAAAGGGCUGAAUGGUUUUUGUUAGAGCAAAAUAUGUUAUCCUGCUAUAAACUCAUUGAGAAGUUUGUUGGAUGCAUAUCAGAUCAUGUUGAAGAGCUAACCAAGGAGAAGGAUUGCCCUGAUGAAUGCAAGGAAGCUGUGCCAUCAUUGGUGUAUGCUGCAGCAAGAUUUGCUGAUCUGCCAGAACUGCGUGACCUCAGAACAAUAUUUACCGAGAAAUUUGGGAAUUCUCUUGAACCUUUCAUUAAUAAAGAGUUUGUUGAGAAGCUGAGGUGUGAUCCCCCUUCCAGAGAAAUGAAGAUUAAACUGUUAUAUGACAUAGCGCAAGAGUUCUCUAUAGAGUGGGAUGACAAGGCUUUGAGUCAAGGACUUCUUUAUACACAGUCGUCGUUAUGUGAAGAGAGGCCUAAUCCUGGAGGAAACAGGAACAGCAAUACAUCCAAAGGAAAGGAAAGAGACACCUUACCCCUUCGAAGCAAGGAAUUUAAUGAUGACUCAUGGAUACACCGAAACAGUAGUGAUGAUGAAACAAGUACAUCACAAGAAAAGGGUAGUAGUUCAAAUUCGUUGGAAAGCAUAUCUGAGGAUGAAGUAGAAAGUAAGAGGCCAAAUUCCUAUUGGUUCAUUCCACCCCCAUACCUCAAACAAAAGACUGACAAAGGUGAAAGCAAUUCAACGAAAACAACACAAUCUGAGGCUCUACCAAAAAAGGAAUCAAAGCAUCCGAGAUCAGUAAGGAAAGACAGUGUUGCUGAUUCUAAAACAUCUCUAGUGAGAGGAAAUUCUGUUCCUUCUGACCCCACAACUGCAGUGGAAACAUCAAAAGGGCAUGUACGAACAAUUUCCUUGGGAUCUAGAAUGAGGGGUGGUGCAUCGCAUGUGCAUCCUAAUCUACCCGAUUAUGAUGAAUUGAAAGCUCGUUUUGCAGCUCUCAGACAGAAAUAAGAAACCAACAGCUUCAUUAGCACCAGCACCAGAGAAAACUUUCUCAUUCUCAUUGUUAUUUGAUUCGGUUGGUAAUUCUUUUACGUGACAGUGACACAAUUUCAGGUGUUCUAGGCCAUUUUUUAUGUCCUGUCUCAACAUCAUUAGACAUUUAAGAUAGAUUAUAUCAUUCAUAAGACAUUUAAGAUGCAUUAUUUCAUUCGUUAUUCAUGUCCAGUUCUAUCUCUUUAUCCCAUGUUCAUAAUUCAAAUGCUUGUUCCAAAAAUGUUUAGGAUUCAAAUCACAUUGUUGUAAAGCUGUAAUGAUGUUCUUGGACUAGUUCCUAUAUGUGUG